AUGUCCCAAGCAAAUGGAUCCUUUAAUAAGGAGAGCGAGAAUGCCCUCGAAAAACUACCGCCUCAAUAUACGAAGAAUGACAUGGCAGCUCUCCCGUCAGUAUAUCGAGAAGACUGCCCCUGCCCUCGACUUCCAAGCUUUUAUUAUAACCCAGAACCUCUCUUGGACGAGCCGUGAAACACUAUCUGGUCAAGUACAAAUGUCCCCAAGAUAUAAACAGAACACCAUAUCAAAACAAGCUCAAUGGCAUCAACAGCAAUAACCUGAGAGUUUCAAUGCUAAAACAAUACUGGAACACAAAUGUCAAAGUUGCAAUAACAGCUUUCUUGCGAGUUUUUCGUGGCACGACUGGUCUAGCUGUGACGUCAAAGAACUUGACGAGGUCACGACUGAGUAUUACUGUCCAAUACGGAACGAUUUGGGAUCUAUAUGCAGAAGGGAUCUUUUUGCGGAAAAGUGCGAAUAGUGCAAGCCAAUUUUGUGUCCAAACACUCGAUGGGGAAGGUUGUCAGCUUUAG